GGGCGGUGUCUUGAGACGACUAUGGCGGGAGGGAUAAAAGUGGCGGUCUCUCCUGCAGUUGGUUCCGGGCCCUGGGUCUGGGGGGCCGGGUGCGGUGGGACAAUGCGGCUUCUCCUGGUUUUCUCCGGAUGCUUGGUCUGUGGCUCAGGUAAAAUUGAUGUAGAAGUGGCCGUGCUUCAGGAAUCCCGAGUUUAUAAUAAGGCUGCGGGGCAACAGUUCUGUUACGAAAACGUGCUUGUCCCGAAGUGGCAUGACAUAUGGACGCGGAUACAGAUCCGGGUGAAUAGUUCCAAAGUGGUACGAGUCACCCAGGUGGAGAACGAGGAGAAGCUGAAGGAGCUAGAGCAGUUUAGUAUCUGGAACUUUUUUUCCUCCUUUCUAAAAGAGAAAUUGAAUGACACCUAUGUUAACGUGGGUCUGUACAGCACAAAAACCUGCCUCAAAGUUGAGACUGUAGAGCAAGACACCGAGUACAGUGUCACUGUGACCCGCAGAUUUGACCCCAAACUCUUUCUCGUUUUUCUCCUUGGACUUACGUUAUUUUUUUGUGGAGACUUGCUGAGCAGAAGCCAAAUCUUCUACUAUUCCACGGGGAUGAGUGUGGGAAUUGUGGCCUCUUUGCUAAUCAUCAUUUUCGUCCUGUCCAAGUUUGUACCCAAGAAAAGUCCCAUUUACAUCAUCCUGGUGGGAGGCUGGUCAUUUUCGCUGUACCUCAUUCAACUAGUUUUUAAAAACUUACAAGAGAUCUGGAGAUGUUAUUGGCAGUAUCUGUUAAGCUAUGUCGUCGCAGUCGGGUUCAUGAGUUUUGCGGUCUGUUACAAGUAUGGGCCCCUGGAGAACCAGCGAAGUAUCAACCUGCUGACCUGGACCUUGCAGCUGAUUGGCCUGUGUUUCAUGUACUUGGGUAUCCAGAUCCCACACAUCGCCCUUGCCAUUGUCAUCAUUGCACUGUGUACCAAGAAUGUGGAGUACCCUCUUCGGUGGCUGUACAUCACCUACAGAAAGAUGUAUAAGGCAACAGAAAAGAUUGCCCCCCCUCGUCUCCUGACAGAAGAAGAGUAUCGUAUACAAGGAGAGGUGGAGACCCGAAAGGCUCUGGAGGAGCUUCGAGAAUAUUGUAACAGUCCUGACUGCUCUGCUUGGAAGACUGUUUCUCGAAUCCAGUCUCCAAAGAGAUUUGCUGACUUCGUGGAGGGCUCUUCUCACCUCACACCAAAUGAGGUUUCUGUUCAUGAGCAGGAGUACGGAUUAGGGAGCCUCAUUGCCCAGGAUGAAAUCGAUGAAGAAACAUCCUCCGAGGAGGGGGACUCCGAUUCUUGGCACCGCACUGUCACACAGAACAGCUUUCUGAGUUAGUCAGUGGUCGGUUACUUGUACGUGGACUGGCUUGGUGCCUGGAAGGCCUGGGUCGCAUGUGUUGCCGUGCAGUUGCUUCUCAACUCUCUGAGCCAGAGGGAGGCUGUGCAAAAACCUGAAGCUAGAGGCCUGAGUAGGCCUCCCUCUGAAAACGAUCUUGGUGGUCUCUGCGGAGCCCCUGAGGUGGAUAAAGCAUGGAUGCUUCCCACUGGUUAAGCUAUGAGCUCCCCUUCUGUCUUCCCAAAGGAGUGGGGUGGGCGAGGCCCGGACAGCACGCUAUCACCUGACUGGGGGGCGAGUCUGCUGUGGAGUUGAGGGCUGAGAACUGUCACUCGGGCUUAUGUUCCAUGGAGAAAUCCACACAUCUGAGCCUCCUUCAUGAACUUCUGUUUUUAUUUCAGAAUAAUCCUUGUUUUAAGAGAAAAAAUGGAUUUUUAUUUGAUUGGCCUAUUUUUCAACAAAUAUAUAUAUAUAUAUAAUUUUAGUUUCUUAAAAUGUAGGGAACUCGUGUUCCAGAACCAGCAGAUGCCCCAGAGUGACAAGCCCCGUAGGCCCCUGCAUACUUAUUAGUGUGGAUCACCCACUGAAGCCCGGGGGCUGUUGCAUUGUCUUGGAACUAGUUCUCAUCGUACAAUAUUCUAAGCCCUGCUUGCUUUUAGGAACAUGCCUGUGGGCUCUUCCGUAGGGGAGGCCCAUUGGGCUUUUUGUUAUAGUCGACUUUCAGUUUCAUCGUGAGAACAAAUUUGCCUUCUUCCCUUCCCAUUUCUCCUGGCUCCUUUUGCCUUUUCAGGAAGGGUCUGUUUCCAUAUCUGUGAAGUUAUGUACAAUUCAGAGUUUGUUUCAUUUCUCAUAUUCUCUUCCCCUUGGUUUUUAGCGUUACUCCUGCUAUUUAGAAGUGAUCUUACUUAGGGAAUUUAAGUGGUUUUUACAGGUUCUCCAUUUUUCUUGUCAGCAAGUCACAUGUCUCUGAGUGGCUGUGGAAGCAGGAAGCUGUCGCCCUUCCCUUUGCUUCCCUUUGCUUCCCUGUCUGCCCGUUCUUCCUGUUCCUGUCUGCCUUUCCUGACCAUCCAUGCCCUUCCCCCAAGAAAUCUGGCUAAUUUUGUAAGCUCCGAAACUGUGAAGUUUCUUGAUGAAGCAUACAAGUUAUAGCUAUGUAGCUGCCACAGUUUGCAGUGCCAGGAAGUAGACCUCCAGGGAUCUUCAGGCCUUUGGGUGCUCAUUUAGCUGUCAGGGUUUAGACACAUUUUUCCAUGAAUUUGUUACACUUGUUUGCAAUUCCAUUUCUGACCAGAGAUUCAUGCUACCUUUUGUGACAGUGGCAUUAAUUUCAGAUUCUUUCGCCAUUGGAAACUACCCUUGUAAACCAGCAAUGCCAUUUAUGAGGGAGCAGAUUUCCAAGUCUCUGUCAUUAGCGGGUUCUGGCUUUGUGAUCUUCACCCUCAUACCUUGAAAAAACCUGUAAUUACUCUGGCUGGGAAGAUAGACACUGAUGGUAAGAGCACAGCAUUAGGCUGCUGGAUGACCAUGAUCAGAGACGAUUUUUUAAAAGUCUUAAUGACUCCUUCAGACCAGCCAUUUAGCAGAUAGUUUUGAAAGGCCCUGGGCUCCAUUACUGACUUCCAGCCUGUGGCCAGUUUAUUAUUUCCAGCCAUGUUUACCAUAGCUUUAAACUGUCCUAAAGUGACAACUACCUCAAUUGGCAGCAAACAGGCAUAUAGUGGAAAGUGAAAAAUAAGCAGUUUUAGGGCAGAUGCUAGCUGUGGGUUCAAGUUACAGAGUAAGGGAGCUUUAUAUUGGGAAACUUUUAUUCCUUUUUGAGUUAUGCACAUGGUAAAAUGUUCUCUCUCUACAAAGAACUGUUAAGUCCUCUGGAAUAUACCAUUUUUGUCCUCAUUUAUAGAAAUCGAGACCUAGGGUAUUCAAGCAUAAGUGGAUUUGAAAAGGCAAUGCAGUUCUACAGGUAGUGUCAGAUUCCAUCCCCGUCCCGGAGACCUCGGUGCCUUCCCCCAAACAGCUGCUUAGAAAGGUGGUAGCUUGCCCCCAGGGGGAUUUUCCUGACUCAUGUCUUUAUUUCAAUGAGAAAGCGCUAUGAGUUAGAGAAAGAUUUUUCUCUUAUGUUCAGUAAAUUCCUUGUGAAAUAAAGUUUCCAUCGCAAGACCAGUUUUUUUUUUUCACUGUGUUUGAGUUUGGGGUGAGUAAAAUCAAACUCAGCUCAUUACUUCCUGUCUGGAAGCUGGAGACUGAACUGUAGGAGUGGAGAUGACAAGGGGUCCCCAAGCCUGAGAGCUGCUCUCAGGCAGUGACUGCCGCUGCCUCAGUUGUGCUGUGCAUCCUUGCCCCGCCUGCCUGUGUGGCUCCGCCCUGGAUGCGUCAGAACCUCACCUAGUAAACCUUUAGAAGCUGCUCUCAUCUCCCUCUUGGCCACUUAGUCUGCUGGCUCAGUCACUACUUGAAGCCCCCGUUUAAUUUUCUCAGGCAAUUACAGCUAUUGCCAUUUCAGCAGUCUCAUCUCUCAGACUGACCUCGUCAGGAACUAUCGAAGGGGUAGCUGUGGACUGAGCUGGACUGAGCCACGUCUGCUGCCCACGUCAGCAUCUUGCUUUGCAAAUAUGGAGCUGUCAGUUGGUGCAAGGGCCUAGGGACUCACUGGCGUCGGAAAUCUAUUGCCUCUAGUCGGCCUGACUGAGUUGUGUAGAGCAUGUCUCUCAUUAAUGGAAACUCAAGAGCUGACUGGCCCAGAACAUUUCUCCUUCACUUCCCACUCAGAUGGCUUUCAUGAGACCAAUGUCCAAAAAUAAGGAAAGCUAAGCACCUUUGACAUUUUCUGACAAGAAAUUUCUAUCAGCCACUUUAUCUCACCAAAACUAGUUUAUUUCUACCCCAAAUUCGUGCUUUUUAUGUCUAGUAUAAAGGAUGUUUUGCUUAUAAUACUUCCAUUGUAGUUCCAGUGUUGUACUUUGUGCUAAUACAUCCCACUCCAGGGCCUAGCCCUCUGUGCGUUAACUGUGUUCCCUUCCGCCUGAUCUCUACUGGGUGUAUACGACCGGAUUUGAAGAAUGAAAGGACCCAAAUAGACCAGAUAGUCCCUCCAGGUCCUGACAAAAGGCUUGGGGCUGGAUUAUGCAAUUACCUUUCAUCUUCCUGUUGUUCCAAAGGAAGGCUAGUGCAUUCAGACAGAUGCCCGAGUAAAAAUGGUUCCUAGCUGUGUACUCAUAACUUUUCUCUGAAUUGAGUAGUGAAAGUUGAAGUAGGAAGAACGGAAAUUAAAUGUCCUUCUUGUAUUCCUUUGGUAUGACAUAUGAGAUAAUAACCUAUAUUGAAAUGCCAAGAGUUUUAUCUGAACCAAGGAGAGGACAAUUUGACAGAUCUGUUAUGCCUUCCUCUUACAUAGGCCCUGGAACCAAGUAAUGAACAUUAAAAAAAAAAAAUAGCCAUUGUGUGAGGCAAUUGCAUCUAAAACCUUUUGCUUCUGUUUCGGUGUAGCAGAAAUUAUUUUCUUAGGGAAACCUAUGCAAUCGUGACCCAGUGGUGUCUCUUGCUAACUUAGCUCCUGGAUUCAGUUACUGUUGAGGUGGAUUCUAAGGGUGUUCGGUGCCUUAUGUGACCGGAGCCAGAGCCUGCUGGGAACAAACAGCGCAGAGUCACGUGAAAGUGCAGAGCUUUAGCGAGGACGCGAAUGGCGCAGAACCUCCCAAAAUGUGGAUCUUUAUGGUCUGUACACUUUUAUUAAAACCAAGUGGCUUAAAAAGUGAAUUUUAUCAUGCCUUUAAAGUUUAUAAAAUGCUGCUUCUCUGUCAGCCAAAGGAUUCGACAGCGCAGUUCUCUCUUCCUGCUGAGUGACGCGAGCGCACCCUUUUCGGUGUGUGCGCGAAAUUUCCCAGGUUUCUCUGCAACUGCACUCUGACAGUAAGGAGUGCCGAGGAGGAUGAAAUCACUGUCUCUGAACUUUCCUCGGGUAUGGGUGACAUUUGUAUCGCGUUAACACAGCAGAAAGCUUACAAUGUAUUAGCACUCUUACGGCCUGCAGUUACCACAGUUUCCCAUGGUGGUGAAACAGCAGGGGUAAGGAAUUACUGGGCACGUUUUAGAGUGUGGGUAAUGCCUUUGUGUUAUUUAAAAAAUUUUUUUUUUAAGAUUUUCAUUUAUAUUUAAAAUAAAUGUUCUUGAAUGUUUGAAAGGAACAAAAUGAUCAGGGAUGGAUCUUUGCCCUGGGUCUCGUUUUUACUCUGUAAGUAAAAAUAUCAAUGUCAUAUAUAUUUUUUAUUUUUAUUAUACAAGUUUGUGAGUAUUUUAAUAAAGUUUAUAGACUAUA